CGCCUGUGCUUGUCGGCGCGCACCAUCGGUUUCGUGAAGCUCAAUUGCGAGCAGCCGUCCGUGACGCUGCAGCUCAUGAACAUACGCCGCUGCGGCCACUCGGACAGCUUCUUCUUCAUUGAGGUGGGCCGCUCAGCCGUCACAGGCCCCGGCGAGCUGUGGAUGCAGGCGGACGACUCGGUGGUGGCGCAGAACAUCCACGAGACCAUCCUGGAGGCCAUGAAGGCGCUCAAGGAGCUCUUCGAGUUCCGCCCGCGCAGCAAGAGCCAGUCAUCGGGGUCGUCGGCCACUCACCCCAUCAGCGCGGACGACUCGGUGGUGGCGCAGAACAUCCACGAGACCAUCCUGGAGGCCAUGAAGGCGCUCAAGGAGCUCUUCGAGUUCCGCCCGCGCAGCAAGAGCCAGUCAUCGGGGUCGUCGGCCACUCACCCCAUCAGCGAUCCCGGCGCGCGCCGCCACCACCCCCUGGCCUCGGCCUCGGGCUCUCCGAGCGAUCCGGGCUUCAUGUCUCUGGACGAGUACGGGUCUAGCCCAGGCGAUCUGCGUGCUUUUUGCAGCCACCGCAGCAACACGCCCGAGUCCAUCACAGAGACGCCCCCGGCGCGGGAGGGCGCUGCGGGUGAGCUGUACGGGUACAUGAGCAUGGACAGGCCCUUGGGCCACUGCGGCCGCCCCUAUCGCAGGGUCUCGGGGGACGCUGCGCAGGACUUGGACCGGGGCCUGCGGAAGCGUACCUACUCGCUGACCACUCCCGCACGCCAGCGCCCGCCGCCUCAGCCGUCUUCGGCCUCGCUGGAUGAGUACACGCUGAUGCGGGCCACCUUCUCGGGCAGCUCCGGCCGCCUGUGCCCUCCCUGCCCCGCGUCCUCCCCCAGAGUGGCGUACCACCCCUAUCCAGAGGACUACGGCGACAUCGAGAUUGGCUCACACCGGAGCUCCAACAGCAACCUGGGGCUGGACGCUGGCUACAUGCCCAUGAGCCCGGGCGCGGCCCUGCUGGGCAGUGGCAGCGACGACUAUAUGCCCAUGAGCCCUACCAGUGUGUCUGCCCCGAAGCAGAUUCUGCAUCCGAGGGCUGCCCUGGCUGUGGCCCUGCCCCCCUCGGCCCCAGCGGUGCCAGCUGCCCCCUCCGCAGCUGUCAAGCCCUUCCCAGGGACUGUGGGUAGCUACAAGGCUGGGUCACCUGCGGAGAGCUCUCCUGAGGACAGCGGGUACAUGCGCAUGUGGUGUGGCUCCAAGCUGUCCAUAGAGAGCACCGACCCCAAGCUGCUAGCCAACGGGGACUACCUCAACAUGUCCCCUAGCGAGGCGGGCCCGGUGGGCACCUCGCCGGACUUCUCUGCGGCCCUGCAGGGCGGUGGGGAAGGGCUCAGAAGUGUCCCUGGCUACUGCUACAGCUCCCUGCCACGAUCCUGCAAGGCUCCUUAUCUCUGUGGGGGUGCAGACAGUGACCAGUAUGUGCUCAUGAGCUCCCCGGUGGGCCGGAUCCUGGAGGAGGAGAGACUGGAGUGUGUGGCCACCCCAGGGCCCACCCUGUUGACCAGCGCCUUUGGGAGUGGGAGGGACAGCCACAUCCAACCUCGUCACCUACCAGCUGCAGCAGCGCCUUCGCCCAUGAGGCCAGGUAGCACUGCUGGUGGGCGCCCCGAAGGCUUCGUGGGCCAGCGCUGCCGGGCAGUGCGCCCCACGCGUCUGUCCCUGGAGGGCCUGCAGACGCUGCCCAGCAUGCACGAGUACCCCCUGCCCCCGGAGCCCAAGAGCCCCGGCGAGUACAUCAACAUCGACUUCGGGGAGGCGGGCACCCGCCUGUCCCCGCCGGCCCCUCCACUGCUGACCUCUGCGGCCUCAUCCUCCUCGCUGCUGUCUGUCAGCAGCCCGGCCUCCUCCCUGGGCUCGGGCACACCGGGCACCAGUGGUGACAGCAGGCAGCGCUCCCCUCUGUCUGACUACAUGAACUUGGGCUUCAGCUCCCCCAAGUCCCCCAAGCCGGGAGCCCGUGGUGGGGACCCAGUGGGCUUCUUGGAUACCCUCCCGUCCCCUGAGGCCACUUCCCCAUACCCGCCACUACCCCCUCGCCCAUCGGCUUCUCUGUCCUCUUCCCUGCAGCAGCAGCCCCCGCCUCCGGCGCUCGGGGAGCUGUACCGCCUGCCUUCAGCACCCAGUGCUGCCGCUGCCACCUCCCAGGGCCCUAGCACCACUGCCUCUGCCUUGGCAUCCUCAGAGGCUGGUGACAGCGGUGACUACACUGAGAUGGCCUUUGGUGUGGUGGCCACCCCGCCACAACCCAUUGCAGCCCCCCCAAAGCCGGAAGGUGCCCAAGUGAGCAGCCCCACGGCAGGCCUGAAGCGGCUGAGCCUCAUGGACCAGGUGUCGGGGCUUGAAGCUUUCCUGCAGGCCAGCCAGCCCCCCGACCCCCACCGGGGGGCCAAGGUCAUCCGCGCGGACCCACAGGGAGGCCGCCGCCGCCACAGCUCGGAGACCUUCUCCUCCACCACCACGGUCACCCCCGCGUCCCCGUCCUUCGCCCACAACCCCAAGCGCCACAACUCGGCCUCUGUGGAAAACGUCUCUCUCAGGAAAAGCAGUGAAGGCAGUGGCGUCCUCGGCGGGGUCCUCGGAGGAGACGACGAGCCACUCACAUCCCCCCGACACUCGCAGCUGGCCCCCGCCACGCCCCUGACGCCACAGUCUAGGCCAUGGACUGCUGGUCAGCCCGGGGGCCUGCCUGGCUGCUCGGGGGGCAGCGGCUCCCCCAUGCGCAGAGAGGCCUCUGCGGGUUUUCCAAAAGGCCUCAACUACAUCGCCAUCAACGUGAGGGAGGAGACCGGGCUGUCCCCACAGAUGCCACACCCGCAGCAUCUGCAGCCAGGGGACAAGAGCUCUUGGGGCCGGACCCGUAGCCUCGGGGGUCUCCUCAGCACCGUAGGGGGCAGCGGCACCAGUGGGGCUUGUGGGGGCCCGGGUCCCGCCGCGCUACCCCCCACCAACACCUAUGCCAGCCUCGACUUCCUGUCCCAUCACCUGAAGGAAGCCACGACUGUGAAAGAGUGACGCGGGGCGGCAGUGGCUGCGCUGGCUGGCGGAGGACACGGAGGGAUGCACCCUGCAUGUUUCCCGCCCCCCGAAGCUGCUUGUGGUUUCCUGGCUCCUCACCACUGCUGACCAGGACUGGACCCAGCUCGGCGGCUGCCCCUGCUCCUGUAUCCACACUGUGGCCUGAGUUUCGCUUGAGUUUUGUACUUAAGUGGCCAGAGGGAGCCGGCGGUGCCUCCCUGUCUUCUCUGGCUGUGGCGGCCGCAUCUUUGUUUCCCCCGCAGAACCCUGGAGUUUUCCCCGGAGCAGAGCCCCGGCAGCAUGCGCAGAACCCCCAGCCCCGGCCUGCUGGUGAACCCGGUAUCUGCUGGCUUAGGCUCCGCGCCAGUCCUACCUCAGGUCAGGGCAGCCGGUGUGGGCUGUGGCCAGGUGGGCUACAUGUCCGGGACCCGUGGCACUGGCUUUGGAAGAGCACAGGGGGCUGCAGUCACCCCACACGGGGAGACCUGGGACUGGAAUCUAAGACAGAGCCACGGAGAGCAGUGGGGAUCCAUGCAGCUCCUCUGGGCCUGGUGGAGGGAGGCCCGACAGGCCUCAGUCUCUGUGUCGCCAGCCAGGUAGGUCCCUCUGCAGGCAGAAGCUUCUGCCCCGGCUCUGCUGCUGCUGCUGUCUCCGAGGACCGGCCGGCCUUUCUCUAACCAAAAAUGCAGGCAGCGAGCAAGUCCAGACUGGUCUGGCUUUGGAAAAUUUUGCAUUUAAAACGUGAUCUUUACAGGAUCUUUCAGUGUGCCAGCCCGAUGUUGGCCACCAAGACCACCCUGAAUGGAGAGAGAGGAGGCAUUCCGGCUCCCUCGCUGCUCAGGGGGAGAUAAAGGAGGACAGCAGUCUUGCAGGACAUGCACUUGUCAGAGACGCCCUCGCUUCUGGUCAGCGUUCCGGAAAGGCCAGUGUGGUGGCCAUGCCUGCAGCCGCCCCAUCCCCGAGGCUCCCUGGAUGCGUGGCUGGACCCUCUCCCCAGUGCCUGUCUCCCCCGUAGUCCUGUAGGGGCCACACUAAUUCUUGGAGAUGUGACUUGUUGGUUUGUUUUUUCUGUUGUUCCUUUUUGUUUUGGAGAAAAAAAAAAAAUAUAUAU